GCUUUCCAAAUCCAGUAUUUAUACGCUUUAUUAAUUUCUUCCUUUUCAUCCUCCUUUCGUGUUUCUUCGAUUUAAUUUGAUGAGGUUUUCUACAGAUUAAUCCUUAAUCUCUUCCAGUUUCUACUGAUUCUGGAAUUCUGCUACACAUUUUGCCUGCAAUGGCUGAUCAGGUACAUUCUCGCGACUCGCCGCCGUCUCCAGGGGCUCGGCCGCCAUCGCCGCUUCCCGCAAAAUCGGCCCCUUCGCCGGGAACUUACGUCAUCCAGGUCCCGAAGGACCAAAUAUACCGCUACCCUCCGCCGGAGAAUCCCCGCCGCUCGAGGUCAAUUGCGGCUCGGAAGCGUCGCCGCGGGUGCUGCUGCCGCUGCCUCUGCGUUACUCUCUGCUUCUUCGUGGCCCUCCUCUUCGCCCUCGCCAUCGCCGCCGGCGUUUUCUACCUCGUCUUCCGGCCGGAAUCGCCGAAUUACAGCGUCUCUGCCGUUGCAAUCAAGGGGCUGAACGCGACGUCGGAGUCCCCGAUUUCGCCGGCGUUUGAUAUCACCGUCCGGUCUGAAAACCCUAACGACAAAAUCGGGAUUUAUUACAGGCCGGGGAGCUCUGUCAGGAUUUCUUAUUCCGGCGUUGAGCUGGGUUACGGUGAAAUACCGGUGUUUUUCCAGCCGGCGGUUAACGUGACGGACGUCCACGUUGAGCUGAAGAGAUCCGAGAUUUUGCUGAGUAACGCCGUUAAAUCGUCACUCCUAUACCAGCAAAGACAACGGCAACUAAACUUCAAGCUGAAUAUCAAAUCUCCCGUCAAGAUUAAGGUUGGGGCCGUUAAGACGUGGGGGGUUACGGUUAAGGUUAAUUGUGACGUCACGGUGAAUGCCUUGACCGAUAAACCCAACUUACUUUCAAAGGGCUGUAGUUACAGUGUUAAGAUGUGGUAAAAAAUUCGUUUCGAUUUUUUUCUUUGCUUAUAAAAAUUAAAUUAAUUUUUUGCUAUCACUAUUAUUAUUACUACUCUAUAAAUACAAAUAUGAACAUAAAAUACACUAUUACAGUUUUACCAUAGGAAAAACGAAGUUGUAUGUAAUACUCCUUCACUCAAAAAUUACGUUCAUUCUUUGUAGUAAUUUAUUAUUGAUCCUAAACGCAAGGAUAUAUUACGCGUAUUUUAGAUUUCACGUGUAAUAUGAUUAUUAUAUUUACAAUUAAUAUAAAAUUGUAAGGUAA